AUGUUAAGAGCAAGAGUUCUCGGGUUGUUCCUAUUAAUUUGCUGGCUCAUUGUUUCUGCUGUUGCCAACGACAAUGCAUUCAAUUGCAACUGUGAUGAUGAGGGGUUCUGGAGCAUCCAGUUCAUUCUGGAGUGCCAAAAAGUGAGUGAUUUCUUGAUUGCAGUGGCCUACUUCUCGAUUCCGAUCGAGCUCCUCUACUUUGUGAGCUUCUCGAACGUGCCAUUCAAAUGGGUGCUCGUUCAAUUCAUAGCGUUCAUUGUCCUCUGCGGCUUAACACAUUUGCUCAAUGGUUGGACUUAUUACGGUCCGCACUCAUUCCAACUGAUGCUUUCCCUGACCAUCGCCAAGUUCCUCACUGCUCUAGUCUCGUGUGCAACAGCAAUUACCCUUUUGACUCUGAUCCCGCUUCUCCUCAAAUGGAAGGUGAGGGAGCUCUUCUUGAGGCAGAAUGUACUUGAAUUAGACCAAGAGGUCGGGAUGAUGAAGAAACAGAAGGAGGCGAGUUGGCAUGUCCGGAUGCUGACACGGGAAAUUCGGAAAUCACUUGAUAAGCAUACAAUACUUUAUACCACUUUAGUUGAGCUGUCCAAGACUCUAGAUCUACAAAACUGCGUGGUUUGGAUGCCCAAUGAGAAGGGGACUGAGAUGCACUUAACGCAUGAGCUGAAGGUGGGCUCCUCGAAGGGUUACCAACGAUCCAUCCCUAAUAAUGACCUUGAUGUGAUCGAGAUAAAGAAGAGCAAGGGCGUCAUUAUCCUGCGACCCGAUUCUGCUCUCGCUGCUGCAAGUAGCGGUGGGCCUGAGGAGCCGGGUCCAGUUGCGGCGAUUCGUAUGCCUCUGCUUCAGGUUUCGAACUUCAAAGGUGGGACUCCUGAGUUGAUUGAUACCCGAUAUGCAAUUCUAGUUCUGGUCCUCCCAUGCAUAGAAUCUCGGGAUUGGAGUGGCCAUGAGAAGGAGAUUGUUGAAGUGGUGGCUGAUCAGGUGGCCGUGGCUUUGUCCCAUGCGGCAGUCCUCGAGGAAUCACAGUUGAUGAGGGAGAAGCUGGGAGAGCAGAAUCGAGUGCUUCAGCAGGCAAGGAAGAAUGCGGUGAUGGCUUCCGAGGCAAGGAACUCAUUCCAGAAGGUGAUGAGCCAUGGGAUGAGGAGGCCGAUGCACUCGAUCAUGGGUCUUCUCUCGAUCCUUCAGGACGAGAACACUAUAAGCCCUGAUCAGAGGCUCAUUGUGGAUGCAAUGGCAAAGACUAGUGGUGUCCUGUCGACGUUGAUCAACGAUGUGAUGGAGAUAUCAACCAAGGACAACGGGAAAUUCCAGUUAGAGAUGAGACCUUUUCAACUUCACUCGAUGGUAAGGGAGGCUUCUAGUCUUGCAAGGUGCUUGUGCAUAUACAAGAGAUUCGAUUUCUUGGUUGAUGUUCAGAGCUCUCUGCCGGAUAGGGUGAUGGGAGACGAGGGGAGGACUUUUCAGGUGAUUCUACACAUGGUUGGAUACCUACUGGAUAGCUAUAAUGGAGUAGGGGGAGUAGUGACUUUUCGCAUCCUUUCUGCCAGCGGCAAUAAUGAGGGCGUGAACGAUCGAAGGGUGUGGGGAACGAGCAUGGCCGCAGAGGCUGUUCAUGUGAAGUUUGAGAUCGAGAUCAGCAGUCAAGGUUCUUCUAAUGAUGGAUCGGUUCCUUCGGUUCAUAAUCCUGAUCGCUGGAGCCGUAGCAAGAAGGACUCGAAGGAUGGUCUCAGUUUUACCGUCUGCAAGAAGCUCGUGCAGAUGAUGCAAGGAAACAUUUGGAUGGCUUUAAGCUCUCAGGGGCUUCCUCAGAGGAUGACCCUAGUUCUCCGGUUCCAGCUCCAGCCCUACAGGGGCCGAGACCACUUGCCACUUCAUGGGCAGACUCCUGAGCAACAGCACCAUGCGAAAUCCCAGUUUAGAGGACUCCAAGUUUUACUGGCAGACGAUGAUGAUGUGAACCGAGCGGUGACGAAAAAACAGCUCAAGAAGCUCGGCUUCCAAGUAGGCACCGCAGCAUCUGGAUUUGAGUGCCUGAGCGCCUUGAGCCACUCAGAGAACUCCUUCAGAGUCAUAAUCUUGGACCUCCACAUGCCGGACAUGGACGGCUACGACGUGGCCAUGAGGAUAAGGAAGUUCCGGAGCCGGAACUGGCCGCUGAUCAUCGCCCUAACAGCAAGCGAAGAGGAGAACGUCCUGGAGAGAUGCUUGCAGGCGGGAAUGAACGGUCUGAUCCGGAAACCCGCAGUUCUUCUGACAAUGGCCGAUGAGCUCCGCCGAGCCCUGAACCGAGCCGGCGGUGGUGUGUGAUAAGUUUUCCACAUCUGGAUUCUAACGGGACUGUACGAGGCAUGCACAAUAUAUAUGUUAUAUCUUACUAACCAUUCAAUGGAUCGAUCUUCAUUGUAGCUAGAGUUGCAUAGGGAGAAAUAUAUAGCUUUACCGAAGAUUUUUCGAUCAGAACAAUUAUCACAGGUUCCCCACUGAAGUAAAGGGAAUUCGGUUUCGAUUCAUAAAUGGAGUUUUGAUC